UUGGAGCUACAGUGGAAUCGGGCUGGGAUUUUCUGACGCCGUAUGUUUUUCUUAAAAUUACUGUUUUCAUACAUUGUUGGGGCUCGUUAACCGUACGCGAUCGGCGCCGUAAUCGGCAGUGGACAUGAUGGACUCCAGUGUCGACCUGUCCCGGAGGAAUCCGCAGGAGGAUUUCGAGCUGAUCCAGCGGAUAGGAAGCGGCACAUACGGAGAUGUGUACAAGGCUCGAAAUGUAAACACAGGAGAGCUGGCCGCCAUCAAAGUCAUCAAACUGGAACCGGGUGAGGACUUUGCUGUCGUCCAGCAGGAGAUUAUAAUGAUGAAAGACUGUAAGCACUCCAACAUCGUAGCCUAUUUUGGCAGUUAUCUCCGGAGAGAUAAGUUAUGGAUCAGUAUGGAGUACUGUGGAGGAGGUUCCCUGCAGGAUAUCUAUCAUGUAACCGGGCCUCUGUCAGAGUCACAGAUAGCCUACAUGUCACGGGAGACCCUGCAGGGUUUAUACUACCUACACAAUAAAGGCAAAAUGCACAGAGACAUCAAGGGAGCAAACAUCCUCCUGACAGACAACGGCUAUGUUAAGCUAGCUGACUUUGGAGUAUCGGCCCAGAUCACAGCAACUCUCGCCAAGAGGAAGUCUUUCAUUGGAACUCCAUACUGGAUGGCUCCAGAGGUAGCAGCAGUCGAGAGGAAAGGAGGCUACAACCAGCUGUGUGAUAUCUGGGCUGUGGGCAUUACGGCAAUAGAGCUGGCUGAACUACAGCCCCCCAUGUUUGACCUGCACCCCAUGAGGGCUCUCUUCUUAAUGACCAAGAGUAAUUUCCAGCCUCCUAAGUUGAAAGAUAAAGUGAAAUGGACAAAUAACUUCCACCAUUUUUGCAAACUAGCCCUCACCAAGAACACCAAGAAGAGGCCCACAGCUGAGAAGCUGCUGCAGCACCCCUUUGUGUCCCAGCCUCUCAGCAGGACGCUGGCCAUAGAGCUGCUGGACAAAUCCAACAACCCCGACCACAGCACCUUCAACGACUUUGACGACGAAGACCCUGAACCAGAGUCCCCGGUCUCUGUUCCUCAUCGUAUUCGCUCCAUCAGCAGGAGCACCAGGGAGGGAAAGACGCUGUCAGAGAUAAACUUUGGCCAAGUUAAGUUUGAUCCUCCACUGAGAAAGGAGACAGAACCUCAUCAUGAACCGUGUGAAUCUGAGCCCUAUCUGGACUGUGUUGAGGAGCUCUACUAUACCGCGAGAUCUAAUCUGGACUUGCAGUUGGAGUACGGACACGAUUCACCAAGUCUACUGGGAGGAAACAAGAGUCUUCUUAAAUCUGUGGAGGAGGAGCUUCAUCAGAGGGGCCAUGUGGCACACUUAGGGGAUGAUGAUGAUGAGGAUGAUGAUGGUGCAGAUGAUGAUGAAACUCACACUCAUAAAUCGAGCACGAUCAUGAGGCCAAAGGUCCCGCCUCCCCUUCCACCCAAGCCCAAGUCUCUCUGCUCGUCCCAACAACCCCAGCAGCUACAACACAAACUUGACGAUAGCCAAUCACACAGCGAGGAUGACGGCGGAGGGACCAUCAAACGCUGCCCGGUCCCCGACACGGCGAGUCCCGCUAAGCCCGCCUCCAACGUCCCCCCGAGACCCCCGCCCCCGAAGCUGCCGCCCCACCGCCGCAGUAGCCUAGGUAACGAGAGCCCGAAGCACUCGGACGCCGAAAACUCUGCCCCAGAGGAUGAUGGGAGCUUUAGGCAUUUCUGGGAGUGGCUCCACACGCCUCACACUGAUGAGGAGCUGGAGGAGGCGUGGGAGGUGCUGAAGGAGGUGAAAGAGGAGCAGGAAAAAGAGGAGGAAAAGGAAGAGAGGAAUGGGCUGAACACAGCUCCUGCACAUGGGGUAGAGAGGGAGAGUUCAGCAGACAGACAGUCCACCAUGCCCCCUGGUGUCCCAACUAGGAAGGACAAGAAGGACGUUCCGAAGCCAAUCAGUAAUGGUCUUCCUCCUACACCCAAAGUCCAUAUGGGGGCGUGUUUCUCCAAGGUGUUCAACGGCUGUCCUCUGAAGAUCCACUGCGCCACGUCCUGGAUCAACCCCGACACCAGAGACCAGUACUUGAUAUUUGGAGCUGAAGAGGGGAUCUACACCUUAAACCUUAAUGAGCUGCAUGAGACCUCCAUGGAACAGCUCUUUCCUCGGAGGUGUACCUGGUUAUAUGUCAUGAACAGCUGUCUUCUCUCCAUAUCUGGAAAAGCGUCUCAGCUGUACUCCCACAGUCUGAGCGGUCUGUUCGAACAGGCCAGACAGUUAGGGAAGUUACCAGUAGCCAUUCCCACACACAAGCUGCCUGAUAAGAUGAUUCCCAGGAAGUAUGCGGUGUCCAUUAAGAUUCCAGACACUAAAGGUUGCCAAAAGUGCUGCGUCGUUCGAAACCCGUAUACAGGCCAUAAGUAUCUGUGUGGAGCCUUUCAGUCUAGUGUCAUGAUGUUGGAGUGGGUCGAGUCCAUGCAGAAGUUUAUGCUCAUCAAGAACAUCGACUUCCCGUUGCCGUGUCCGUUGGAGGUCUUUGAGAUGCUGGUGGUCCCGGAGCAGACGUACCCUCUGAUCUGUGUGGCGGUCAGUAAAGGCCUCGAGCUCAACCAGGUGGUGAAGUUCGGCACCGUCAACCCCAACUCUACCUCCUCCUGGUUUACAGAAGCAGGUGAGAAGAACUACACACCGCAGACGUGUGUGAUCCACGUCACUCAGCUAGAGAGAGACACUAUCCUCGUCUGCCUCGACAGGUCUAUAAAGAUAGUGAACCUCCAGGGCAGGUUAAAAUCCAGCAGGAAGUUGUCAGCAGAGCUCACCUUCAACUUCCAGAUCGAAGCCACAGUUUGUCUACAAGACAGUGUGCUGGCCUUCUGGAGGCAUGGCAUGCAGGGACGCAGUUUCAAGACCAAUGAGAUCACCCAGGAGAUCUCUGACAGCACACGCAUCUUCAGACUACUGGGAUCAGACAGACGUGACGACUGUAGGGAUCCAGAGGCUCAGGACAGAGGCCUCACUCUGCCCAGGGUGGUGGUGUUGGAGAGCCGGCCCACAGACAACCCGACAGCCCACAGCAACCUCUACAUCCUGGCAGGCCAUGAAAACAGCUACUGAGACACACACAAACACACACAUAAACACACUCUCUAAACACCCCUCCAUGUAAUGCAAACAAGGGAGUGAGCAACCGGGAAAAGACCCCCACCCUUACCGCUUACCCCCCCCCCAAAACUCCUGUGUCCCCUUGGAGAGGAGACGAUCAAGGGGCAGAUGUGUGUUCCCAGUUGCAGACGUUUAAAAUGCACCGCAGUGUUACAUGUGUUUUAGUGAAGCGUGUUGUAGUAGGGCAGCGGGUUGUGGAGCGAGGGUUAGAAACUGCAGAUCUGAGGUCAGUUUGGGUUGAGAUAAUCGGAGGAAACUGCACCUUAGUCCAGCAAAUUAAACCCAGAAUCCUUCCCACAUUUCCCCGUAUACUGCACACUGGGAAAACAGAAGUCUGACGUCAACACUACUUCUACUACUAGUACUACACAUAUUGCUACUACUACUGCUACUUGCGCUAAAGCUUCACAGAAGAGCCAUCUUGCACAGAAAACGUUUCUCUACUCCAUCGUCCUUUCCUCUGUCUUUCAUUUCCCCCUUUUUUUUUUUUUUAAAUACACCUUUAUUUAUUGUCGCAUGAUGUAACUUUAACAACCAGGAUGGCUUUCCUGUUUUAUUUGUUUUUAAACAUAAAAAGCUUUGCCACCUCUGCUAGCAUUGAAUUCUGAUAUCCGUCACCCACACACCACACAAGUGCUUAAUUGACCUCUAUUUAAUUGUUGUAAAUAUAAAUGUAGUAUUUUUUUGACAGAGACGAACACUAAUGGUCAUGUAGAUAGGCGUGUGUAUAGUUGCUCUGUACAACUGUGGAGACAAGCGGAGAGACAGUGGGCGAGUGAUGAAGCAGUAGAUUCACUUCCUGGUUCCUUGAUCAUGUGACGAGGGUCAGGAAGCCCUGCCGUCUCCUCAGGUGGACAGCUUCAGUAAUCUGAUAUUACUCUCAUAGUCUGGAGCUCAGCGUUGAACCGAGCUGACACAGAAACGAUCGUUUUCAUGUUGCAUGCAUCACCAAUGAAACCCGUUUGCACCAUAGCGACAGUCGUCAGGGCAACGGGCGUUACAAAUUCUCUUCAUUCAAGUUUGUUUUUCGACAUUCACCCCUUUAUGGUUUUUAUCAGAACGUUUUUUUUUUAUUUUGCUAUUUUUUAUCGAACCACUGGUGUUAUACAUUUGCACAGAGAAAAAGGUAUUUGAUAAACAGAUGUGAUGUCAUUCUAAUAUAUGCCCUUGUGUGUGUGUGCACAGUGUGUGUGUGUGUGUUUCCGUGUGUGUGUGUGUGUAGACAUAGAACAUGCACAUACCAGUGCGUCAUGUACAGAUCUGGUCUUUAACAAGUGACAGUUGUGUUUCUGCUCAAGGCCAAUUUAAAAAAAAGCACCUAUAUAUUAAAAAAGCUGGAUUUACACAGAAGGAAACAUCAUUUAUUUUCUUUUUUUGCAAUAAAUAGACUUUUCAAGGGUGGGGUGCACCAUAUUAAAAGUACAAUGGGCCUUUCUGUUUAAACAAUCACAUAACAUAGUCAAAAUGGUUUUAUAUAUUUCACUUCACUUCACAUGACUAUCAUUAUAGGACACUUUCACAUUUAGGCAAAACGCAUUUACUGUAGGGAGCAAAUGGAAGAGCUUAGUUUAUUAGCUUGGCUAGUGACAAAAUGGAUUUGAACUUCUGUGUAAAUCCACAUUUUUUGUUUAAGUGAUUGUAUUUUUAACCUCGGCCUUCACUGCUGUGACUUUUUUUAAAGGCCGACAUCUGUAUAAGAGAUCACUACAUGCAUGUAGAUGUGCACUGUGUGGUGUGUAGGAGCGUCUACAUGUGGCCGUACACUACGUCUCUACAAGCUGUGACACUACAGGUAGCUUCAGAGGAACAUAGCUGAGACAUCAAUGUUAACCCUGAUAUCUUACAGAGCUGAAACAUUUUGGGUGUAUUGAUUUCCUUCGUAGAAACACAGGUAUAUAAGCUUAUAAGUUAAUGGUCCGCAAACGCAUCAUAGAGCGACUUAAUCAGGUCAUUCACUACAAUAAAAUAUGAAUUAAUAAUUAAGAAUAACCACCAUGGUCACAGUAAUGUCUUUGAAUUUAAUGGAGACAUUUUGAAUUUUAUAAGAAUUUGACCGACAAUUUCAAUAUUCAACGUCAUGAAAACAGCAAUGACAUAUCGAAUUGAAAGGAACAAUAAGUGUUUUAAAAAUAUUGAGGCUGGCUGUGGAGUAAAUAGGAGAUUUCCUAAUGUCUAAAUGCAUUUCAGCUCUGUAUAGAUUUGUCACUGAAUGUGUCUAAGAUGUUUUUAAAAGGGACAUUACGUCAUGCUGGUGGACAAUAAGAAAAUAAUGUAACAGCUUAGUGUAAAAGCUUUUUCUUCCACGGCUCAGAAAGUCGAUAUGUCAUAAUCCUAAUCUGUUCCUGUCACUUUACCAACAUGGCAGCAUGUCCUUCCUCUAAGCAUUCAGUGACAGGACGUCCCUACACACUAUUUAACUGUUUUCACACAGAUCGUCUCACUGGAUUCACGCUCCCUGAUGCUUUACUUCACUGCUGUUGUGAUGUAACAGAAGCAAACAGACCGGUAGUUUAGUGAAGUGUAGAGAGCUUGAAUCCACUGCGAGGGUUUAAAUUAUUUGGGUACUUUUGAAUUGCCUGUGCACACCUUUCUUGUAUAAAAUGCCCACAGAGAGUUGAAUUGAGACUAAGAAGAUUGGUGUCGGAGAUAUGAAAAGGCACACUAUUGCCAUGUAGUAAGUUUAAAAUGGGAAUUUCCUUAAUAGGCCAUAGAAAAAUGUCACAGCUGGUCUGGGGUCGAUUCACUUUUAGAGUAAGAAAGUGAAUCACUUCCCCAGAUGAGCGACUUGAUGCUAAAACAUGUGCGUCUAGCCAACACCCGUUAAUACAGAAGUGUCAUAUAGUGAAGUUUCAGAGCUGUAACCAAGUUUUAUUCACACAACCAGGUUAUUUGACAAAGAUAUUUUCCUAUCGAUUUGUUCAUUCAGUGUCAAAAAGAUGCCAAGUCUACUAAAUAGCCUCAAAUUGACAUAGUCAACCACUUAAGCAUAUUUAAUCACAUUUCCUAUUAAAGCCUAAUUCAUUCAAUUAGAUAUUUGACUUGCCUCGUCAUAUUCAUCUUGUUUUUUGGAGAGAAAAUAACAUUCUUUAGGUCUUGUGGUAUGUCGUAGAUUUACAAUUUGAUUUGAAAGACAACCAUCAACAGCGUAAACGGUUAGUGUUAAACAUGUUCUCUGAGACUGUUGUUAAAACGUCUUUGUCCUCUCAGUUGACGCAUGUAAAUGAUCCGAUUUAGAGAAAUCAAUACAAGUUACUAUAGAUGCAAGUUACUUAAAACACAUGAAGACAAAGUGAAUGACAGAUUCUCCUGAAAAGGACUUCAAGUUGUUUUGUUUUUUUAAGAUUUUCUUUUUAUCCUAAAUUGAUUUGUUUUUAAUUGUCAUAAUUCAAUCCCAAAACAAACUCACCCUGUAUCAUAGCUGCACAUCUUAACUCGUGGAAAGUACUUUUGAAUUAAUUUAAAACAUGUAAGAAAUUCUUAAAUCUGUACCAUUGUUUUCUGUCGGGUUCAUACGUUUUAAUUGAGGGAAAACUGUCUCUUUUGCAGAAUAACUAAGUGUGUUUCUGUCGGGUUUUAAUGACUAAUUUCUGCUGUCAUAGAGCUUAUCUAUAAUCCCCUGAAGCAGGUGCCAACAUGGCAGAAAGUCCAUUUGUGUUUUAUGACCUCGACUAGAUCAAAUCAUGUGGGAAAAUAAUUCAAAGGGAUUGCUUUAGACACCAGAUAUGAGCAAAGUAAAUUGGCGUUAAGGUAAUUUACUAGUAAUCCUCUUCUGAUUAUUGAAGUAAUCACCGAUGAGUUAUUUGCAAGAGCAGUUUGAUCCCAGGUCUCCUCCCUUUAUAAGUCAAAACACUUUGUUCUGUCGCUUUUUCAUCACCUUUGUCUUUUGUUUUCAUAAUGCAAUGCACACGUUAUGAAAUGUAUAUAGUGUAAAAUAAAAUGGGUUUGUUUUACAUACUGUAUAAUUGCCUAUAUUUUGUUUCAGAAGUGUAACAGAUUUAUGAGAUGGCAGGUUUAACACAUUAAAAAGAAGGAACUCGAAA